AUGAGCAAUCACGAAGAUAAUGCUGCUACUGCUCCCUCUAUUCCUGUCUUUGUGAAUCCAAACAUUCCAAUACCUGGAAAACUGGAUCUUAAAGGAAACCUGUGCACGAACUGGAAAAAGUUCAAGCGGAUUUGGAGCAAUUAUGAAACAGCGUCUACUCUCAAGGAAAAAGACAAGGAGGUGAGAACUGCUACCUUUCUUACUUGCAUCGGAGCUGACGCUCUGGAUAUUUUUGAUGGUCUUCAGUUUGACUCUGAAGAUGACAAAAAAGACAUAGACAAAGUUCUAGAAAAAUUUGAAUCCUUCUGCAUUGGACAGACCAAUGAAACUUAUGAAAGGUACACUUUCUACAAACGAGACCAAGAAAUCAAUGAAAACAUUGACACUUAUGUGGCAAUUCUCAGAUCUCUAGCGAAAACCUGCAAAUUUGAUGCUCUAGAAAACGAUAUGAUCCGAGACAGAAUUGUACUUGGAAUCCGUGACAAUGGAACACGCAAAAAGCUACUGCAAGAAGCAAAACUGGACCUAAGAAAAUGCGUUGACAUAUGCAGAGCAAACGAAAAGUCAACAUCGCAACUUAAAACCAUGGAGGAAGUUCACGCUGUCAAAUUCAAAACCAUGCGAAAAACUAAACCGCUGAGAACAACACAAGCGCACAGAAAAGAUUUCAAACAAGUCCCAGAAACAAAAGUUCAAAAGGAAUGUUUAUAUUGCGGUAAAGAGCACCUCUUCCGUAAGGAAUUGUGUCCAGCAUGGGGAAAAACAUGCAGGAAGUGCAAUAAAAUGAAUCAUUUUUCAUCAAAAUGUCUGCAGACAAAGCCGAAAUCAAAACGGGAACAUGUAAAACAAGUCAACCAGGAAUCCAGUGACGAGGAAUUCAUCCUCAUGAUCGAAAAUGUUAAUGCCAUUGAGAAAAAGAUUUUUGCAGAAAUCGAAAUUGGAAAUGAUACAGUGAAAUUCCAAUUGGAUUGCGGAUCAACCGUAAACGUUCUACCCGAGAAAAUUUACAAAGAAGUCUGUAAUGACCCCUAUCUCAGGAUGUUACAAAAGGCAGACAUGACUCUGGUAAUGUUUAACAAGUCGGAAUGCCAACCCCUUGGAAAACGGCGAAUAAGCGUCCGCAACCCCAAAAACAAUAAAAAAUACAACAUAGAAAUUGUUGUGGUCGAAGGAAAUCUUAAUCCUAUUCUCGGAGCAAAGGCUGUACAAGGAAUGAAAAUGAUAACUGUCAACACAGAAAACAUAGCAGCCAUUGAGUCAGCCUCCCAAAGCAACUUCAUCAUUGAAAAAUACAGUGACGUAUUUAAUGGCCUGGGUAAACUGGAUGGAAAAUUACACCUCGAUGUUGACAAAUCAGUUACGCCAGUAAAACUACCAACAAGAAAAGUCCCGAUUGCAAUGAAGGCACCGUUAAAAUCUGAAAUCGACAGACUGUCAGAUUUAGGCGUUUUGGCUCCAGUAACAGAACCGACUGACUGGAUAUCGUCAUUGGUGGCUGUACGGAAGCCCAGUGGGAAAAUGCGUCUGUGUAUAGAUCCCAAACCUCUGAACAAAGCGCUAAAGAGAAAUCACUAUGCAACACCAACUAUAGAUGAUAUUUUGCCAGAACUAAGCCAAGCCAGAAUUUUUUCUGUAGUAGACUGCAAGGAUGGCUUUUGGCAUAUUACUCUCGAUGAUGAGAGUAGUUUUCUCACAACAUUCGGAACCCCUUGGGGUAGAUAUCGAUGGCUCCGCAUGCCAUUCGGUAUUAAACCAGCAAGCGAAGAAUUCCAGCGGAGAAUGGAUGAAGCUCUAUCUGGUAUACAUGGAAUCAAAGCGAUUCAUGACGACAUAGUCGUAUACGGUUGUGGAAACUCGGAUGACGAGGCCAUACGUGAUCACGACAAAAAAUUAUCUACCUUGCUAGAGAGAUGCAGGGAGAAAGGGAUAAAAAUCAACAAAGACAAAAUGAAACUAAAAUUGCGAUCCGUGUCAUAUUUAGGACACAUUAUCUCAAGCGAUGGACUCAAAGUUGACCCCUUAAAAAUCAAGGCAAUCACUGAAAUGCCAAGACCUAAAUGCAAAGCAGACAUACAACGUUUACUAGGAAUGGUAAAUUUUGUCCAGAAAUUCGCGCCAAAUCUCUCGGAGAUAACAGCACCCCUCAGAGACCUACUAAAAGCAGAAUCGGAAUUUGUGUGGGACAAUGCUGUACAUGGCAAAACAUUUGACGAAUUGAAAAAACUACUAUCUACGAGUCCUAUACUUCGUUUCUUUGAUCCUAACCUACCGACGACGGUACAGUGUGACGCAUCUGAACGCGGACUAGGAGCCUGUCUCAUACAAAAUGAGCAACCCGUUGCAUAUGCAUCCCGUGCAUUAACGCCUACCGAAGUCAACUACGCACAGAUUGAAAAGGAACUACUCGCUGUUCUCUUUGCCAUGGAACGCUUUGAGCAUUACACACUUGGACGGAAAGUAAAAGUGGAAUCAGACCACAAACCACUAGAAAUCAUCAGCAAGAAAAGUUUAGUUUCCGCUCCUAAACGUCUUCAACGAAUGCUCUUGCGUCUUCAGAAGUUUGAUUACGAGAUCACAUACAAACGAGGUCUUGAAAUGUAUCUUGCUGAUACACUGAGUCGAGCCUAUCUGCCAACUGUACAGAUACAAAGAAAUGAUUCUGAAGACAGAGUACUCGCCAUUACCGACCGUGCAAAAUCUGAAAAAGAUGCAGAGUCCGUUACAAUGAGUGAAUACGUCACCAUCUCGUCCGAAACUCUAAAGAAAAUCAAAUCUGCAAACUCGCGUGAUGAAACAAUGCAAAAGCUGUACAAAACAAUCAAAGAUGGUUGGCCGGAGCGAGAUGAACUGACACCCGAUAUACAGAUCUUCUACACAUUCAGAGACGAAUUGACUUCACAGGAUGGUUUAAUUUUCAAAGGAGACCGCAUUGUUAUUCCACCUACAUUGAAAGGUGAAAUUCUUCAAAAGGUACACUCCAGCCACAUUGGUAUUCAAGGAUGUUACCGUAGAACCAAAGAAUCACUAUAUUGGCCAAACAUGAUGAAAGAUAUCGAAUCUUUUAUCAAGGAAUGUCCAGUCUGCUCUACCAUACAGGGUGAGCAAGGCAAAGAAACUCUCAUUUCGCAUGAAAUUCCCGAUAGACCAUGGCAGAAAAUUGGAACUGACCUCUUUCAAUUUGAUGACAAACAAUAUCUCAUCACUGUUGAUUACUAUUCCGAUUUUUUUGAAAUUGAUCGUCUACAUGAUAAAAAAUCAAAGGAAGUCAUCACCAAACUCAAGGCACAAAUGGCCAGACACGGAAUUCCUGAAAUUUUGAUUUCAGACAACGGCCCGCCUUACAAUAGCAAGGAAUUUGCUUAUUUCUCAGAGAACUAUGAGUUCAAGCAUACUACGUCAUCGCCAUUGUACCCAAAAUCUAAUGGGAAAGUUGAAAAUGCAGUUAGAAUUGCAAAAAACCUAAUGAAGAAAUGCCAAUUAGAUAAAAGCGAUCCUUUCCUCGCUCUAUUAGAUUGGAGAAAUACUCCCUCUGAAAAUAUUGGAACUUCUGCAGUUCAACGACUAAUGGCACGCCGUACAAGAACUCUGCUACCAAUCAAAACCGAACUUUUGAAACCAGCCCUAACCCCAAAUGUCAAAGAGCGAUUGAGAGAACGGAAACAUAGAUCAGCAUUUUACUACAAUCGCACAGCGAAAGACCUACCAGAGAUUAAAAGUGGGGAAACCGUGAGAAUUCGACCUUUUGGACAUGAAAAAAAUUGGACGAAGGCAAAGGUCAACGAAAAAGUAAACAUCCGCUCGUAUCAAGUGAUCACGGAGGAUGGUCGCCUCUAUCGACGAAACAGAAAACAUUUGCGUUGCACAAAUGAGCCAUUUGUCGAAAAUAACGAGGUAGUGACAGAUAAGACCGUUAGCACAGCCGAAAACACACCACCAUCAGCAGAUAAGACUACAAUUGAAAAUCAUAAACCACCGUCAGCAGAUAAGACCAAUUAUGCUCUGAUUUCAACCAGGAGAUCUACCAGAGAAAUUAAAUUGCCGAAACGAUACGAGGACUUCAAAAUGUAUAAGUGA